UGACAGGACUUUGCGCAUGUGCGGGGAGAAACGAGAAGAAGGUGAAGAUGGCGGCGGCCAGGGCCGGGGUCCUGGGAGUCCGAUUGCUGCAAAGGGCAUCCCGGAACAUGGUGCCGUUCGGUGUACGGACAGGUCCGCGAGAACCGGCGAGGCCUCAGUGUGGGAAGGGGAUGCUUGAGCUACUGCAGCUUGAAACCUUCGGAGCUUCAGGAGGAACGGGGUCCUUUCUGACCUGCCCUGUCUGCUCUCCAGCCUCCCACAUUACCAAGGACAUGCUCCCGGGACCCUAUCCCAAGACCCCAGAAGAAAGGGCUGCCGCCGCCAAGAAGUAUAAUAUGCGGGUGGAAGACUACGAGCCGUACCCGGAUGAUGGCAUGGGGUAUGGUGACUAUCCGAAGCUCCCUGACCGCUCACAGCAUGAGAGGGAUCCGUGGUACGAGUGGGACCACUCAGACCUGAGAUUGAACUGGGGUGAACCGAUGCACUGGGACCUAGACAUGUACAUCAGGAAUCGUGUGGACACGUCCCCCACACCUGUUUCUUGGGAUCUCAUGUGUAAGCACCUCUUCGGCUUCGUGGCCUUCAUGCUGUUCAUGUUUUGGAUUGGAGAUACUUACCCCUCCUACCAGCCCGUGGGGCCAAAGCAGUAUCCUUAUAAUGACCUGUACUUGGAACGAGGCGGCGAUCCCACCAAAGAGCCUGAGCCGGUGGUUCACUAUGAAAUCUGAGGAGGCUAUGGGUUUUGUGCACCCUGACUGACUCCUUCAUUCUUACAGAUUUAACCUUCAUGAAAUCCCUAAUAAAACUUAGUGCUGUGAUAUGUGUGCCUCAUUUCCCCAGGAAUAGCCACUACCCUGAGGAACCUCA